CCGAAACCCCAAGAAUAGCAAAAUCCCAAUGGAUUACUUCCCCAUAUAUCACAAAUUCCACCCCCCACACCUUUCUCCAACCAGGUCCCAACCUAUUUCCAUCUCUGGGUUUUAUGCCCGCAGAUCCACCGUCGUCCUUCUCUCGGACGGCGAGUGGGCUCAAUUAACUCCGCCAUAACCCAGUCGCCACUCACUUUUUAUUCUACAAUGUCUCGCCUACGUCCUUUGCAGCUCCUCGAAAUCAACCUCAUCUCCGCCCAGGACUUGGCCCCCGUCGGACGAUCCAUGCGCACUUACGCGAUCGCUUGGGUCCAUCCCGAUCGCAAACUCUCCACCCGCAUCGACACCACCGGCCACAACAGUCCCACCUGGAACGACAAGUUCGUCUUCCGGGUCGACGAUGAAUUCCUCAGGGCCGACACCUCCGCCGUCAUGAUCGACAUCUAUUCCCAGCAUUGGUUCCGCGACUAUCACGUGGGCACCGUCCGGAUUCUUGUAGGGAACCUUAUUCCGCCCUCGGUGCGGCCGGGCCACCGCACCCAAAUGGGCAUGCGGUUCAUGGCGCUCCAAGUGCGGCGGUCGUCGGGCCGGCCGCAGGGGCUUUUGAACAUUGGUGUGGCGCUGCUUGACAGCUCCAUGAGGAGCAUGCCUCUCUACAGUCAACUCAGCGCCUCGGCCGUUGGGUUUCAUGAUUUGGUAGGGGAGGAUGACCCAAAAAAAAUAAAUAACAAUAAUAAUCAAAAUCCGCCCUUCGAAAAGAUAGUGCUCCGACGUUGCAAAAGCGAACGCAGUGACCGCCUGGUUAGUGAGGCAGAGUUUUCCGAUUUUCCUGCGUCGUCUGUCAAUGGCUCAGAAGUGAGCGGGCCACGAAAAAGGAAUAAGACAAGUGGAAAAGCGAGUUCGAUGAUAAGCGGAUCGAGUGCAGGAGGGCGAAGUAAAGGGAAGGUGAAGAGUGGAAAAGCGAGUUCAGUGAUUAGCGGGUCAGAGUUUGUGGAUCUCCUGAAGAAGAAGUCUGGUGCAAAAGCCAGUUCAAUACUAAACGGGUCUGAAGUGAGUUACCCAGUGAUCAAAAGCAAAGGCAGUAUUUUGACAGCGGGCAGCACUGAUUUAGGGGAACCCCUGAUGAAGAAGACAAAUGGGAAAGCCGAUUCGUCAAUCAACAGCUCGGAGGGUGGGGAAUUCACCAAAGGAAAGGUGGGAACCAAAUUUAUCGGGUUCGACUUCGGAUCAAAAGCGACUCCAAAAACGUCCGGAUUAGAGUUCUGGGGCCCAGGGAAAGGAGGGUUAAGAUCCUUCAAGCUCAACGAUUACGGAGGCCCCAAGAACAUCACAACCGGAUCCAUGUUGUCGGAGUCAGAGGUGGGGCCAUCGCCGUCGGAGGUGGCGGCAGCCAUCGCCCACGAUAGAUGCCGGCAGGCGGAGGAUGGCAACAACUCCGCACUGGACGGAUGGAGCUUGAACAGCAGCGAGGAAGGAUUGCGGUCGAAGCUACAGAGGUGGCGGACGGAGCUGCCGCCGCUGUACGACAGAGGGGCUUACGGGAUUUACAGAACCCCAGGCAGACACGUCCGGAGACACACGGAGGGUGACGAACCAGACGGAAGCGGAUUGUUUUCGUGCUUUGGGAACAUAUGCGGGUACGAGUGCUCCAUAGUAUGCGGAGGCAACCCUAACCCUUCCUCCAGGAGGUAGCAAUCCAGUAGCGUUCGACCCCUCUAGGCUCUCCCACAAUCUCCAACUCUUAGCCCCUCUUUUUCCUUUUUAAUUUUUUUAGGACACCCCACUGGAGUGAGGGAACCAGGACUGGGUUUUGGUUAGCUUCUUGUUUUGUAUUCUUAUUUUUUAUUUUUUUCAUUUUUGUUUUCAAUCAUUCUUUGUCUCAUUUUCUGCCAGAAAAUGAUUCCCAAGAUGGAAAUCCAACGACCAGAAUGAGUACACGGUUGGCGGCUGUAGAAUCUUUCAUCUCUAUGAAAAUAUUUUUUCAAUUUUCCCC